ACGGAACGAGAAGCGGAAUUCACGCAUCCGCCGACGCGAUGCAGCUUCAAGCGUGCGACUUUGUCUCUUCCUUUUUUUUUCUCGUCACUGAUGGACGAAUCUCCCCGCUCCUUUCGCGCUUGCAUUCAGCAUCCGUCAGCAUCAGCAGUACUGUACGAUUCCGCGAGCCGGUCUCGUACGCGACAUUCCCGUCGCGUUUCACAGACGAUAAACGCGGCGAUCGAAUAGCUGUGCCGCGUUAAUUGACUGAAAAAAACGGAGAAAAAACAAAUAAAAAAAAAAAAAAAACUGCUCUAAUCGCGAGAGAUCGGUGCGAGCGGGAUCGAUUUUUCAUUUGCGUCCUCGAUAAAAUCAGAUUAAAUUAACACCGUAUAUAUGUGAUACGAGGUAUUUAAAGAGUUCGCGAUACAAAGUGCGCGUCGUCCUUGUAAAUACAUCGACGGAAUUUUAUACGGGAGAACGAGUUUGAUAAUUGUCGGCGAUUGUGCUCGGAUGGGAAAUUUCUUAUACGGUGUAUUAUGCCGCGAGAUGAUAAUGCUCGACAGAUAGCGUACGGCUUCGAUGAACGCAGAGAAAUUUUCGCGAUCGACGGACCAUGGCGAGGUUUUUAUUUAGCAGAAAAUCUUUCGCACAAGGAAUAAGGAUGUCGAAGCGGUUGAGUUUCUAUGGUCUGGUAGCCCUGGCGUCCAUCUGCAUCUUCUUCCUAGCAUUUAAUCAGCGCUACAGCAGCUACCUCGAGCAUCGACUGCAGCCGGUGAUAUCGGAUGUUGAGAUAAGGCCAAGGACCACAAAAAUUCAAGAACCGGUAACGGUAAGCCAGGCUUAUAUUACGGGAUACACGGAAAAUGCCACGAUCACCGAAAUUCAGGAGGUGGUUGAUCAACAAAGAAGGGCGAUCAAAAGGGAAAUGGAAAAUUAUGAAUACCCAAAUGGAAGAUAUGGGCUAAACGUGAGUGCAUUCUCCAUUUACCGUAGCAAACUUGAAGAUCUGGUGAUGGAAAAAGGUGGCCGACCCGUGAGAAGUAUAAUUCUGACGAGUUGGCGAAGCGGCAGCACGUUCCUCGGCGAUGUGAUAAAUGCGCAUCCAGCAAAUUUUUAUCAUUACGAACCAUUACUGGAUUAUGGAAUUGUGCAAAUCAGAGAGCCACCACUUGCCGAUGAAUCCUUGACGAGGAUCAUCUCUCUGCUGAAUUGCGAAUAUAAAGAGCUUGACCGGUAUCUAAAUUAUGGGAAGACUCAUCCUUGGGUCUUCAAUCACAACACGCACUUAUGGCGGCAGUGCCAAGUGCACAAACGCAUCUGCUGGGAUCCGCGUUUUGUCGCCAAAUUUUGCCGGCUCUUCCCAUUCCAAUCAAUGAAACUCGUGCGAUUAAGGUUGCGUGCGGCAGAAACGCUUUUGGCUGAAGAAAGUCUAGGUGUUCGAUUAGUUCUACUCAUUCGCGAUCCAAGAGGCAUUUUGCAAUCUAGAAAACAUAGGGAAUGGUGUCCCGCUAAACCCGAUUGUUCCGAUCCAGCUCUGGUUUGCGCCGAUAUGGUAUCGGAUUUUAACGCGGCAGUAGAAUUCUCGAAAAAAUACCCACGUUCUUUCAGAGUAGUGCGCUACGAGGAUCUUUCCGUGGAUCCCUACAGGCAUGUGAAGGAGCUUUACAAUUUUUACGGUUUGAACUUUCACGCGAACGUGAAGAGAUUCCUGGACACGCACACAAAGAACGAUGUCGGCGGUGUAUCAAGCACCUUCCGGAAUUCCAAAGUCGCGCCGUUUCACUGGCGAGCUGAUUUAGACUUUGAGGAGGUACAAGAAAUACAGAGGGUCUGCACAACCGCUAUGCGACUGUGGGGAUACGUGAUGGCCUUAAAUUCUACUCACCAAAAAGACUUUGAUCCUAUCACAAAUUACCGGCUUCAUUUGUGACAGCUGGCAGACAUGCUCAAUGUAGAUAUGAUGUAUAGCGUAUCGGUAUAGCGAACGGCAGUGGUCAGGUAAGUGCCGCAGUUCAUAUAAAUAAUCAAUGAAAGGUGCUAAUGGAGUCACUCAGGAAGAUAGCGACAUAACAAGGAGAAUGAAUGUCGAUUUCGAAAGAGUAGCUUACUCGAAUCUCUACUUCGAAUCUCACCUCGUGAAACCAAUAAAACUGAAUCUCUAAAAGGUGACAGAUGAAAACGAGGUUCGUUUGUAAUUAUCGAAUUAUGAACAAAGAUUAGGGUAAAUUUUCGAGAGCCUGAUGUCUGACAAAAAUCUGUAAUGUCUAAUCAUAUCGACGCAAACGUUGUAGAUGUAUUCAAAAUGUUUGUAAAUACCGCGAAUCUUUCGAGAAAGUACUUUAUGUCUGAUGUGUAUAAACUAGUUUAUUGAUAUUAAUUCUAAAUAUUGAUAGCUUGUAAAAAGAUAUUCCUAGUAAUUUAAAUUAUAUGUACAAAAGAUGAUUCACGUUUAUUUUUCAAUCUCAUUGAUCAAUCAAACAUGGUAUAUUUAAACCGAAUUAGUAAGUAUAAUGCUGGAAGUAUAAAACUUAAACAAAGAAUAUUUAUCUAAUACUUAAUGAAUAUGCUGGGAAUAUUUUAAUCACCUAAUGAAUACACUGAGCGGAAGCUAAUUCUUAUAACGAAUUAAAAUUGAAUAUUGCAACAUUACGAAUCAUCGACAACGUUGUGUGAAUCUAUAUCUAUGGCUAUCUGAAAUUAAAAUGUUCACCGAGAUGACAUAAUGUGAUUCAUUAAAAAAAGGAGGAAUAUGAUCGCGCGCAAUAUCAAUUAACUCGUUCACGCCAAUGGGACAUUCGAUGUUAUCUCUUGUUCACGUGGCGAUCGCUGAUAAAACUGACUAUGCGGUGUAUGUCAAGAACGAGAAUGCGAAAGUUUCCAUUCCACCGGCCUUCGGCGUGGCCGGUAACAAAUUAUUAAAAGUGUACAGAUGCGACCAACUCGCCCGCGAGCGCGUGUGAUUUUUAUAAUGUACGAUACAAAGUCGUACAUAGUAUAUCAUUGCACACUUUAUAGAUAAAAAAUAGAUCUUGCGAACCGUUUGUUGGCGACUUAGUAUAAGAAUACUUUUUUGAAUCUUUACACACUAGUUAUUGAUUAUCUUAGAUGGCCCAGACGGGUACACUUUAGUUAUGUAUAUAUAUAUAUAUAUUAUAGUGCAAUUACAAAAAAAUAUAUACAUUGUAUUUCUUGUGUUAUGCACUGAGCGCUAGAUUAAUCUGUUCUCCGUGAUCGAUCAAGUUUUACUAUGCAUUCACUUAAAAUAGAAUUAGUUUAUCUCGAUAAAUAUUUUACGUUAUCAAUAUUAUUACAACCGAAUUCGGACAUUGAGCAACUAAAAAAAGAAUAUACUCGUUUCCCUCUUCUUCGUUUUAUUGAAGGAUAAUCAAAUUUUUCAUAUCCGGACUCUUUAUUUAUUAAUAUUAUUUUUGUUGUCUUGCAACAUAAAACAGAGAUAAAUAAAACGUGACGUUUUUUGUAUGUACAAACGAAGAUCUUACGAUGACGUUAUCAAGAUCAUUAAAAUUAAUUUGCAAUAACAUCGUGCGAUCAUGCGCGCCGUUGUUAUGUUUUCACGAAAUGGGUAUCUAGUCCAAGAGAAACGCGUAUUCGCAUUUUGUACCUUAGAUGUAAUAUAAAGGUCUCAAUAAAAGAAUCUUAUUUCUAUGAAA